UAAUACCACGACCAUUAACCACACAACCAGCAGCAGCUUGGAAACACAUGCUGCAAAACCACCACCAUCAGACUGAUCAACACAGUGCCAAACCCCAAAUAGUGCCAAAGCCCACGCCUCAUACGGGAAUUCUUUUUUUAAAACAGCAGCCCUCGUCAAAAGGAGGUCUCUACUCUUUCUUCUCUGUGUGUUUUGGUUAGUCAACUGCUAGCUACCAGUGACAGUGAUAGAUAAGUACAUACAGCCAGAGGAAGCAGUCAUACAACGCCUUAAAGAGAUGUUUGGUUGUCCCUUCUCCUCCUUCUCAAAACAGGGAAUACUACUUAUCCUACUCUCUAACCUCCACUAUGGUGUGGGUGUUUCUUCAUACCUGUCAUUCCACAAGACAGUAGGGGACUCCGUGGAGAUCCCUGCAGGCUUAGAGGGGCAAAAUGCCACCAUAAUGCAGUGGAAGUACAGAGGAAAGGAUAUUGCAGAAUUCAACUCAGAAGUUGUGUAUUCACGAGGAUCCCAGUUUGAUGGGAGACUAGAGUUGAAUGUCAUUAACUUCAGUUUAACAAUUAGGAAACUGACUCUGCAAGACUCAGGGGAAUUUCUUGUUACUGCUGAAACAGACAAGCAGAUUCCCACUAAGGCUGUCACUCUGCAGGUUCACGAGCCUAUAUCGAAGAUGGUGAUCCAGACAGACAUCAAGCUAUUGGCCAACCACUCCUGUACGGUAUGGCUGGUGUGCAACGUGUCCUGCUACCCCAACCUUACCUACACGUGGGAGAGAGACAAUGAGAUCUACGGUGACGCCCAGCAGAUUCAAUUCUCUCUCUCACCAGCAGAGGGAGACAUCAGUGUAAAGUGCAACGCCUCCAACCUAGUCAGUUGGAAAACUGCCUCUACGACAGUAAAGUGUAGUAAUGACACAACCACCCCAGGACAGGCAUGGUAUUCCAUCUACAUCGGAGUAUCAGUAGGAGGCGCUGUGGUGCUGAUCCUCACUGUAGCUGUGGCAGUGUGCUACUGCAGGAAACACCGUAACAAAGAUCUAACUGACAACACAAUAUAUGCUGAUGUUAUGAUCAACACAAGAAGUAGAGAUACAAGAUCAAACAGUCAUGUAAACCCAAUAUCCAUCUAUGAAACUGUCAAUGAUCUGGUUAUCCCAAGAUUGAACAAGCCGCAGACUCUGUAUGAUAAGAUCACGUUUGGACGCCGGGAAGCCCACCCUUCUCCUUUCCAGGAAGUAUUGUGAGCUGAACAGGAUGUGGUCACAGGCUGCGCCUUCCAUAGAUAUAGAACCCUCUGCAUCCUCUGCAUCUUACACAUGUACAUUCUGAAUAUAGGCCUAGAUGUUACUGUUUAAUUUCUCGCCCUACUCAAAUUUGUGGAUUCAGCUAUUUCAGCCAAUCUCAACAGACAAACAUUGGCAGUAGAAUGGCAGCAGCUAUUUCAUCCAAUCUCAACAGACAAACAUUGGCAGUAGAAUGGCAGCACUGAAGAGCUCAGUGACUUUAAUCAUGGCACCGUCAUGUUUUGUGGCUGUUUUUCAUGGUUCACGCUAGGCCCCUAAGUUUCAGUGAAGGGAAAUCUUAACACUACAGAAUACAGUGACAUGCUAGACGAUUCUAUACUUCCAACUUUGUGGCAACAGUUUGGGGAAAGCCCUUUUCUGUUUCAGCAUGACCAUGCCGUCGUGCACAAAGGGAGGUGCAUACAGAAAUGGCUUGUUGAGAUCGGUGUGGAAGAACUUGCCUGGCCUGCACAGAGCCCUGACCUCAACCCCAGUGAACACCGUUGGGAUGAAUUGGAACGCUGACUGCGAGCCAGGCCUAA